AUGUCUCUCAUUUCCGGCUCUUUUGCUGAUAGAAUUCAUGACCUCGAGGAGAUGGUUGACUACGAGUUCACCAAUAACAGGUUCGCCGGAGAAUCCCUUCAGACUGCGGGAUCUUACAUUCCCGGAAUCCCAGCUGGUCCCACCGGAAACAAAAGACUCGCUCUAGUCGGAGAUGCGGUUUUGAGACUGGUCUUGACUGUGGAUGAAUACAAUAGAGGUCUCUCCAGAGGUGCCAUUGCCCAGAUUCUGACGACGCGUGCCAACAAUGCCUAUCUCGCUGAAAGGGGGUUUUUCCAAGGUCUCGAGCGCUUGAUCUUCACGAACCGCUCCCAGGGCAACUUCGUGUCGAAUGGAGACAUGUCCGACACUGUGGAAGCGAUUCUCGGGGCUGUCUGGAGGACAGCAGCGAGGAUAUCGCAGCCGUGCGCCGCGUCGUGCAGGCUCUUGGUCUGUCUGGCAAUUAAACCAUGA